AGCGGCGGGCCGGGAGACCCGCGAGGAUGCUCGGAUCCCGGCCCCCAGCUGCCCCGAGCCCGAAAUACCUGAAACCUGCUCUCCGGAACCCUGCGAAACCUCAGGGGCAGCGGGCGGCGGCUGUGUGUAAGGGGAGCGGGCUGGAUUCCCGGGAGCCGCCGGGGGAAACCAUUUCCCUGGCCGCCGCCGAGGCUGUCCCGAGUGCGUCCAGCAGAGAUCCGGGCCCAACCAAAGACCCCCCGGGCCGAGGAGACAUUCAGUGACAACUUGUAAGACUGUAAGAGCUGGUCUCCUGUUUGCAUCCCGGCCUUCUGGUGUGUAUUGGCAGCAGCCCGUCCAAAGGGUUCACACAAGUCACUUCAGGUCCUUCCUUUACUCCAGAGCCUCCGGUGACUUCUCAUUCCCAGUAAAAGCCAAAGUCCCUUCCACAAAUAAAUGAAUGAAUAAAAACUUUGCUUCUGGGCUAGGGAGAUGGCCCAGUGGUUAAAUGCACUUGCUUGCAAAGCCUGCUGGCCUAGGUUUGAUCUCCCAGUACCCACAUCAAGCCAGGAAUGCAGUGGACUUAAACUACAUGGCAGGUGUGAAAAUCACAAAUGUCUUCAAGCAAUGGAAGGUCCAGGAUUCGGGACCGGGGCUACGGGGAUGUCCCAGGGGACUCGCCCUAUCGGGAUGAAAGCUGCAGAACCCUCGCGACUACUCUUCGUGACCGGGAGCUGGCUGUGAGCUCCGAUCCCCUGCCACCUCCCCCUCUCCCCUUACAGCCGCCCUUCGGCCCAGGCUGCUACUCAAGUGACACGGAGGAGGAGGAGGAGCCGCCCUCCUCCGCCGCCCUGGGGCCGCAUCUCAAACCGGUGAGGCGCUUCAUCCCGGACUCCUGGAAGAACUUCUUCCGAGGGAGGAGGAAGACGAGGAGGGAGCCGGCCUGGGAUAAGUCCGUGUCUGACCUCCCAUACAUCUCGGAUGGCGUGGAGUGCUCGCCGCCCGCGUCUCCGGCCAGGCUGAACCUGCGAGCCCACGGCUCCUGCGGAGACUCCACGGCCAGGUCUCUGAACGAAGCCAUGCUGGCCCGCGGGUCCUGCGGCGGCUCGGCGCGCACGUGCGGCGGCGGCGAGCAGGUGCACGGCGAGCAGGUGCUCUGCGAUCAGGUGCACGGCGAGCAGGUGCUCUGCGAUCAGGUGCACGGCGACCAGGUGUACGGCGAGCAGGUGCACCGCUACGAGCUGCGCUACGCCUACAUGAAGUCGUGGCCCGGCCUGCUGCGCAUCCUGGCCGCGGCGCAGCUGCUGCUGGGCGCCGGCGUGUUCGCCUGCGUCACGGCCUACAUCCACAAGGACAGCGAGUGGUACAACCUGUUCGGAUACUCGCAGCCCUACGGCCUGGGGGGCGUGGGCAGCCUGGGCAGCGCCUACGGGGGCUACUACUACGGAGGGCCCAAGACCCCCUUCGUGCUGGUGGUGGCCGGCUUGGCCUGGGUCACCACCAUCAUCCUCCUGGUGCUCGGCAUGUCCAUGUACUACAGGACCAUUCUCCUGGACUCUAACUGGUGGCCCCUGACCGAAUUUGCCAUCAACGUCUCCCUGUUUAUCCUGUACAUGGCCGCGGCCAUAGUCUACGUGAACGACACCAACCGAGGCGGGCUCUGCUACUAUCCGCUGUUCAACACGCCCAUGAAUGCGGUCUUCUGCCGGGUCGAGGGCGGGCAGAUUGCCGCGAUGAUCUUCCUCUUCGUCACCAUGAUUCUGUAUCUUGUCAGUGCCCUGGUUUGCCUCAAGCUGUGGAGGCACGAGGCGGCUCGGAGGCACAGGGAGUACCUGGAGCAGCAGGAGAUAAAUGAGGCAUCAUUGCCAUCAAAAAGGAAAAUGUAUGAAGUGGUGACCAGUGACAGACAGAGAGACCACGACAUUCAUUUCCAAGAACUAAGAACUACAAGCAUGAAACCUGAACUGCUGAGUGAACACAUCCCGGCAGGCCACAUUCCUAAGCCCAUCGUGAUGCCUGACUAUGUGGCAAAAUACCCUGCAAUUCAGACAGAUGACGAGCGAGAGCGCUAUAAAGCCGUGUUCCAAGACCAGUUUUCAGAAUACAAAGAGCUGUCUGCCGAGGUGCAGGCUGUCCUGAGGAAGCUGGAUGAGUUGGACGCAGUGAUGAGCAGAUUGCCACAUCACUGCGACAGUCGCCAGGAACAUGAAAGAAUUUCAAGAAUCCAUGAAGAAUUUAAGAAAAAAAAGAAUGAUCCUUCAUUUCUGGAAAAAAAGGAACGCUGUGAAUACCUCAAGAAUAAACUUUCUCACAUAAAGCAAAGAAUUCAGGAAUAUGAUAAAAUAAUGAAUUGGGAUAUACAAGGUUACUGAAACUAUUUUUAUAGCCAAUUUGCUAUUUAUUUACUGUCUUUUUUUACACUAGUUCCUGAAGUAGAGAAACAGGUGCUUCCUGAAUCAGCUUCUACUUGGUUUAACUGUCUGCAGGGUUAAACAAUAUGAUUUUACUUAGGCGGUUCAAAACAACUGCAUACCAGUUAAAGGCAUUUACUGAGAUGGAAGACUCCUGUGCCUACUUGCAGUUUCAUCUUUGUCUCAUUAAGAUGUGCCGCCUUAAGCCGGGCACUGUGGCACACAUCUUUAAUCCCAGCUCUUGGGAGACAGAGAUGGAAGGAUCUCUGUGAGUUCAAGGCCACUUGAGCCUACAUAGUGAAUUUCAGGUCAGCCUGAGUUGGAGUGAGACCC